AUGGCACCAACAACCUCCAAAGGCCCCUCCAAGGGUCCCUCCAAGAACUCAUCCUCAAAAGGAGCCAAAACCUCCUCCUUCAAAGUCAGCAAAUCCUCCAAAUCAUCCAAAGGCAAACGCCCACCUCCGAAAGAAGUCAAAUCGCAAUCCCGCAGCGCUCCCAAACAGCAAAAGAAAACUAAGACGAGGGAAUAUACGGAGAAGGAAUUGGAUUUACCAUCUUUGAAUAUGAUUACGCCUGUUGGUGUGCAGACGCCGAGGGGCAAGAAGAAGGGCAAGGUUUUUGUUGAUGAUCAGGAGAGUAUGAUGACUAUUCUGGCGAUUGUCAAUGCGGAAAAGGAAGGGCAGAUUGAGUCUAAGAUGAUCAAGGCGCGACAAAUGGAGGAGAUUAGAGAGGCGAAAAGGAAAGAAGCAGAGGCAAGAGCUGAGAAGAAGAAAUCAAAGUUGGAGAGCGUCAAAGAUGAACUACGAAACAAGAAAAAGAGAAGAUCAAGCGACGGUCCUACAGAAGAUAAGAAAUCCAGCUUCAAAAGGGAGAAGCGGAAGAGUGUCUCGUUUGCUUGA